AUGGCGAUUAUCAUAGAGUCUAGCACCCAGGUGACUGAAGUCAAGACUCACGAGGUACAGCUUGCACUGACUGAUACUACUACUGUCAAUCUAACAACUAUGAGCCAGAGCAUUACGAAUGAAGGCAAUAUACAGGAAAUUCCAAGUCAGAAGGAGGAAGAGCUUAAUGCAAUAGAUAUUUUAAGUUGCAGAAAUACCAUCGAAGCCAAAUCGGAGCUGUCCUCGACCGAUGAGAGUUGUGCGGACAUGACUUGCAGCAGCAGCAACACUGGAGUCAAUAUAAACGAUGCGAUACCCGAGAUGAGUAACACAAAGGACCAAGCUGGGAUUAUCUUUGUUGACCCCAUUGGUACGCGGUGGACAUUUCCAUAUGAGAGGUCUAAAACAUGGGACGACACCAAGGAACUGAUCAAAUCAAUCUUUGUUGACGUAUAUUCCAUCGAAAGGCUUGCGACUUAUCUUGAUGAAGAGGAGAACCUUCGCCAUCUUUCACUCAUCAAAAUCAACCCUGAAUACUCAAACAUCCUGCCCAGCCAUUGGGAAAGUCUGGUCUCCCCGGGAUGGGAAUUCAAGAUUGAAUUUUCAUUCGAUGUGUUCUCCUCAAUCCGUGAUCAGAAACAGACAGAAACCGAGCAAACUGCGGAAGCCGAGGAGGAUACGGAAGAUGUCGGAGUGACCUCAGUUGAAGAGUUCAGCAAGGUGGCUUAUGUGGCAACAUUCCUGGUUCCGGACAGCGAUGGCGAUUUUCAACGGAGUGAUACCAAGCGGCUCAACGACAAGACAAUCUUUACCAAGGCUUCCGUGCUUGAAAGUCCUAAAUCUGUCCUCGAGGAGCACAGGGAGGUCUAUGGCAAUAAAACUGCCAAGGAUUCCUCUGGCAUGGGAGAGAACUUGUUCGAUACAAUUGGAUAUCCAAUACUUUACAUCCACUCGCCCAUUCUUCUCAAUGCUCUUCAUGCUAUUAUUGAACAUCAAUCGAUUCCAGACCAACUUCCGCGCGUUGAAUAUAACGCCAGGAACAUUGAAAGUGACCUCGAACGGGGCCGAUUUGUGUACCCAUUCACUGAUCUCCAUCAUUAUCGGGGCAAAUUAAUUCAGUAUCGAGAGGACGUGGGUGAGACCCAUGACACCGAGUAUACCACGACAUGUAAAGAGCACAUUGACAUUCUAGUUGAUUAUCUCAAUGGUUUGACAGUGUUCGGCAUGAGGGACGUCGACCUUCUCUGGACCAACGAAGUGCCUAAGACAACUUUCGCAUCUAUCUGGCUCCUGCUUAAGCCUGGAUCCGAUGUGUUCGUUCAAGAACAAGGUAAGUUGAAUGCGUAUGUCAUUGAGUCGGUCUCAGGGGGAGUGCGAUGGGGUUACGCUAAUGAGCGUUCACUGCCAUACAUUGUGAACGUCUGGAACCUCAAUUUUGAUGGCCAGGUAUUGAGCCGUUCAGUUAAAGAAAUUGACAUUCCUGUUUUCGAUGGUCCACGGGAUAUCACCUCCUUGCCUUUAUAUCCGAUCCAAUAUCACGUGGAUGAGGAUCCCGAGCACUCACACCGUCAGCAACUGGUGGAUCGGGGGAAAAGAUUUGUUCGUAUGGUGAUGAUACCUACAUUCCAAGAGUACACCGGUCCGAGCAAACUGCAAGGCAACCGAACGUUUAACCAAACACGAGUCGUCAUUGAUCACACUAGCCAACCAUGGAAGACGGAGCUCUCUUACGACGAAAACGCCUACGAACCCAUCACAGCAGUCUAUGAUGUUGAGCUAGGCCAACGAACAAGAGUCCCGCAAUGUCUGUGCAAAACAUGCGAAACCAACAGUCUGCGCCAACACCUCAUCCGACGUCGCCGUUUUGAUGAAUACGAUAACAUCAAGCUGAAUCCAGAUAUAACCUUGACUGACCAUCAAUAUAUGCUCUGCUGGUCGCAUGUCUAUGCGUAUGUACUAAAAGACCGUGCUUGGGAUGUGCUGGAUGUAUCCAGUCUGAGGGAUCCUAAGAUACAGAAAAAUAUCAUUGACACGUUGGUUCUCAAGCCGGAAAGCAAUAAGCAGAUGAUCAAGGCUGUGUGUGAGAUAUUUGGUGGAACGUACACGCAGACUUUCACUUCGGACUUCAUUCAGGGCAAAGGAGAAGGGCAGAUCGUCCUACUUCAUGGACCUCCCGGAACGGGAAAAACUCUCACCGCCGAGUCUGUGGCGGAGUACACGGGUCGGCCUCUUCUUAGCAUUACUGCCGCGGAUCUGGGCCAUGAACCAGAGCCACUCGAACGGAACUUGCUUCAGUUCUUCCGGCAUGCAAGACGAUGGAACGCCAUCGUCCUUCUUGAUGAAGCGGACGUUUAUCUUGAGACUCGAUCUGCUCAGGAUCUCCGACGAAAUAGCAUUGUCUCCAUCUUCCUUCGAGCCCUAGACUAUUUCCAGGGCAUUCUUUUCUUGACAACCAAUCGCGUGGGAAGUUUCGAUGAAGCAUUCAUGUCCCGAAUUCACGUGCAGAUUGGAUAUGAUCCACUCGACGAGGACUCAAGAAAGCACAUCUGGGACGGUUAUUUCAAGAAACUUGCCAAGAACUAUGAGAAUGAUGGCCAGGAAAUUCGUUGCUCAUACGAUGCCAAAGAGUUUGUUCGCAGAUCUGAUGAUCUGCGGGCCCUCGAAUGGAAUGGCCGCGAGAUACGAAAUGCAUUCCAAACUGCUGUGGCUCUUGCAUGCUUCCAGGCAAGGCAAGAAGGCAAUUCUAUCCCCGAGCUGACCGAUGAACAUCUUCGCCAAGUUGUCAACAUGUCGCAUAAUUUCAAGAGUUACGUGAAAGCUGUGCGCGGCGAAGAGGAGUCGUAUGCUUUUGCGGCGGGUGUCAGAAAUGAUGCCACAAAGGCUGCUGGGGGAAAAUAUGCACGAGCGAAAAGUUUGGAUGUUCCCAAGUUCUAA